GAAAUUACAUCAAGGAUCUUAUGUUAUAUAUAUAUAUAUAUAUAUAUAUAUAUAUGUAACGCGUAAAUUACUAAUAUAUCAUCAUGGAAUUUCAUCCAUAUUUUUUGUUUUACUAAUUAUAUAUAUAUUGAUUAUAAUUACUACCCCAACACAUAUCACUCUCUACUCUCUAUCUAUAAUAAUUAAUAUUAUUAUAGUUUUUCUUUUUCAUUGAAAAAUAAUAAUUAAGAGUAAAUUAAUUUUUGUUAGCUAUUCCUUUCAUUCUUCUUCUUCUUCUAUACCUGGAUUUGUAAGCAUGUGCAGUAUCUCUGCUACUAAUAAUCACCAUGGUUAUAAUUCCGGUGACCGGCUUUUCAUUCUCGGGUUCAUACUGGUUUUGGUGACCGGAAAAGCUUUCGCCGGAAAAACCUUCGUCUACGAAUCUUGUUUAAGCGUUAAUGGAAAUUAUUCCAACAACAGUACUUACCAGAAAAAUCUCAAUCGGAUCUUCACUAAUCUCACCUCCGGCGACGGCAAUGGCGAAGGAUUUCACAGUUUCUCGUACGGAAAAAGUUCAGACCGAGUUUAUGGGAUCGGACUUUGCAGAGCUGAUCUUGAUCCCGAUUUAUGCCGAAGUUGUCUCAAUCAAUCUACUCAUCUUCUUUCGCUGGCUUGCCCUAACCAGAAAGAGGCGAUUGGGGGUUAUGACGAUUGUAUUGUGCGAUACUCCGAUCGAUCGUUGUUUGGAAUCGUAGAAACUCGUCCGAGAUUCCAUUCAUGGAGCGAUCGAAACGUUUUGUCUGAUUUCAGUGGAGGGUUUUCUCGGCAUCUGAAUAUUUUAUUGGGGAAUUUGAAGAAUCAAGCUGCGGCUGGGGGUGAUUUUCGGAAAUUUGCAGAGGGGAAUUAUAGUGGGGAUCCUCAGUUUGAUAGAUCUUUGUAUGGAUUUACGCAGUGUUCGCCGGAUUUGUCUGAAGUGCAGUGUAAGAAUUGCUUAGAUCAAGCUUUUGAGGAUAUUUUAGGGGAAAAUGGAACUUUUAGGGUUGCGGGAAGAGUGAUUGCUCCUAGUUGUAACUUUAAAUAUGAAUUUUGCCCCUUUUAUGAACAUGGAAAUCAAUCUAAUCCACCAUCGGAAUCUCGAAUGCAAUCGACACCACCAUCUCCUCUGUCAAUGAAUCGAAAAGGAAAGAAGAGUAACAAGUCUAGAACUAUCAUCAUUGCAGUUGUUCCAAGUGUUGUUUUUGUGGUCUUACUUGUCUCCCUCGGUGUGUACUCAAGUGUGAAAAAGUCAAUUCGUAGAAGGGAUGAAAAUGGAGUGCAGGCAGAAGUUACAGAAGAAAUCGGAAAUGUGGAAUGCUUGAAGUUUGACUUUAGUACCAUCAGAGUUGCAACAAAUAACUUUUCAGAGGAAAAUAAGGUCAAACAUCAAGAUCUUUUAUAUAGGGGUACACUUAGUGACGGACAAGACAUUUUUGUGAAAUGCUUCAAUAUGACGAAUUCAAGGACAGGGGAUUUUAUGAAUGAGUUACGAAUUUGUGCUAAGCUUCAACAACGGAAUGUUGUUAGGCUCAUUGGUUUCUGCUUGAAAGGAAAUGAAAGGUUCCUUAUCUAUGAGUUUCUUCCUCAUAGUCUCCAUCGUUUAAUAUUUGAUCCAGUCCUGGUUGAGGAGUUCUCUUUGGAUUGGGAUAUUCGAUACAAAAUUAUAAGAGGCAUUUCUCGCGGGCUCCUAUAUCUUCAUGAAGACCACCGGCUGACAAUUAUCCACCGUGAUAUUAAAGCCAGUAACAUUUUAUUAGAUGAUGAUAUGAACCCGAAGAUAUCAGGUUUUGGACUUGCAAAAGUGCUUGAAGUUGAUCGUAGUGAAGAUUUCAGUAUGAUUGGGGGGACCGUGGGAUAUCUGGAUCCAGAGUACGCGAGAAGUGGGAUACUUUCAGUCAAGAGUGAUGUGUACAGUUUUGGAGUAUUACUCUUGGAAAUAGUAAGUGGACAAAGAAGUAUCUCAUGCAAUGACAACAGGGAGCACCUCGUAGCCACUGUAUGGAGAAAUUGGAACGCAGGAACAAGUAUUGUAGACCCUUAUAUAAGAUUAAGAUAUGAUUAUGAAGAAUCUGAAAUAAUGAGGUGCAUCCAGAUUGGACUUUUGUGUGUUCAAACACGUUCAAAUGCUAGACCAAGUAUGAGUUCAGUUGUUCACAUGCUUAACUGCAACUGUCUUUCUCUUCCUCUUCCCUCGGAAUUUGGAGAUUCUCAAGAACUUAGUUAUCCGUCAGGGCGGUCGACGUCAACUAAUUUCAAUUCAGGAAUUAUUGAAUCAUCCUCUGAGAUCUUCCCAGAGUCAGCUAAUGAUAUUGAACUGCCAUAGUUCUUCCUAAGUUCCUAGUAUCAUAAGAGAUUGUAGUGUAGUUUUAAUAGUCAUUAUUAGUUCCUUUUAAUUUGUUAUUCUUUAUAUAGGUCAUUUAUUUUGUUUAUUUUUUAAAUUAUUUGGAUUUUGUAUUUGUAUUGGUUAGCCAGCCGACUGCUCUUUUUUCUUAUUUAUACAAUUUAAUAAAUUAGACAAAUCGCUCUUUGCGUGUGGU